AUGCCGGCGAUACCGGCGUCCGCAACGCUGCUGCAUGCCCUCGUUGACCGCGACAUAAAAAACGCUACUGCCGACCCGUUGCAAGUUGUCUGCGCUUGGCCGGUGAGCGGUCAAUAUGGACCGGGAUCGAGGUAUUUAUACUAUGUUCUGGUUAUAGCGUGUGUGCUUGCCCGGAAAGUGGAAUGGCUCAAGAGAGCCUGCUUGGCCGCUGCGCUAAUCUUGCCGGCGGUUGCUGCUAUACACGGCAUCGUGCUGGCGAUCUUGCACACUGACGAUGCCGUCGAUAUGGAUCUCUUCGGCGCGUUCCAAUUGUGCUCAAUUGGCAUUCUGGCUGCCCCAGUUACAGUCAAGCUCUCCGACACAUAUUUUCUCGAUCGUGGCCGAAACAUUAUUUUCGCAUGGACUGGACUCAUAUUGGCCGGGCUUCUGAGUUUGACUGUCGAGUUCUACCGAACAAAUAGCGUCCCGUGUCCUGAGGGUCCUGCCGGCGAACCACUCGUCAAUAGCGAUCCGGGCGCUUUCCCAUAUGAUGAAACCUUCAAGUGUAAACUCCAAUGUGAUAUCGGACCCGGCAACCCUUGGUCUCCCAUGCGAGCUUGGGACGGCAGUACGAAUAACAUCUACGUUGUCCCAGCGCCUUAUGUUCUGACCUUUGGCACUGCUACGCUCCUUGCAGCUGCUUGCUGCCUGCCCGCCAUUCUGUCUCUUGUCACCAUGUGGAAUCGUAUCGCCGAAUUCAACUGGAGAAAACGCUUCUUUCCCACGCGAAACCCAGAAAAGCCUGAUGAUAUCAUCGAAGGAACCAAUGGCGCUACUCCUCUAAGUAUGAGUCACAUGAAUGAGGAUAUCAAGAAGUAUCUUAAAAUUGCCGUCGAACUUCCCGUCUUUGGUGGUGCUGUACUGGCAAUACUGGUGAUUGGUGAGAAGAACUUUUGGAGCAGACCCGUCAGUUAUAUGACUGAACCUAUAGCCAGUGUCGGUCAAUGGGGCUCAAUUGUCGGAACCGGGUUUGCUGUCCUCGGUUCAAUGUAUGUGAUUCUAGCUCGAAAAGAAGAGGAAGAAGACGACGCUGGGUCGCAAGUCCCUGACACGAAGGAACCGCAUGCAGAUCAUCAUGAAGGACUUUUCGCUCAGCAACACGCUCGACCUUUGCCAACGGUACAUCAAUCAAGGCAUCCAGAUUCUCCAAGUGAUGGCAGACACGAGUCCUCGCCUUCUCACGAAUUUGGAUUCAGCCUAGUGUCGACUAUUACUGGCCGCUCCCAUAGGACCUUUGGAACUGAUGCGGGAAAUAGACGCAAGUUCGCAGGAUACCUGAGUAAAGUGAGCGACUAUAUCGGCACGCCCUCACGCAAAAGAUAUGACGUUUCAGAGUUCCAGCAAGGCCCCGCGAUGAACUACCCGGAGAUACCGGGCGAAACCAACCGCAAUGAACAUCUAUCGCACCUCAGAGAACGAUGGCCAGCGGCUUCAAUCCGGGAGGUAUCAUCACGGAAUGGCAGUCCUGAUUCUCACGUUGACGGCGAAAACGAGAACGGACCGCAUGUGAAUCAGACGCCGGAAUCGCCACAAUCUCCUGCUUCAGAUCAGUGGCCGACAAUGCCCCCUCGUGCCGCUAGGGCAAGUACGCUGCCAACUACAGGCAAUCGGAGCUUGACAUUUGGGGAGCCAAUGUCUCCUGGAGAGAGUCGUGGACGUCCCAGGUCACGGCGUGAUACUCUAGAGGUUCCUUCAGCUAACCAUCUGAGUCAUGUUCGCACAAAUCUUUCAUUGCACUCAGUACCCACAAUCGCAUUACAAGCAAGCGAACAUUUACCCGCUAUUGUGGUCUCUGCAGAAUCCGAACCAACCUCUGCAGUGGAAGGCCCCAAUUCUCAUGUCCAAAAUUACCCACAUGGGCCAGCAUAG